AUGGCUGUGAGACGCUCAGCGCGUUUGAGCGCGGCCCCCAGCAGUAACCCGCUGUCAGCAAUCCAACAACCCAAGAUCAACAGAAGCCAACACAGCGGGAUUCGCAAGGCACAAAAGCCAACUACCAAAACAAAGAAAUCACAAAAGAUCUCUGCUGAACAAGACCCACCUGCAGAAGUUCUUCAAGUCGCAGAACCAACGGCGACACCACCAACAGCAGCAGCAACAUCAACAGACCCAAACGAUAACAUCUUUGACCCAUCACUACCAACUGAUAGCACUCGCGGGAUUCAUUCCACCCCUCCUCUCGACCGACCCGUCGAGCCACACAGAACGAACGCAACCCUCCUCACACCUCAUGGGUCUUCAUUAGUCGCCUACCCGCCCGGAACGGAGCAAGUCUCGCCCAGCAAGACGGGCCGGCCCCGUCCCACAUCGACUACAGGGACACUCCUCGAGAAAGCCGUCGCGCAUUUGAUAGCUACCGAUCCACGUCUCGAGCCGGUCAUCGAGAAGCACCCAUGCCAUCUAUUCUCGCCCGAAGGCCUGGCGGAGGAAGUCGAUCCGUUCCGGAGCUUGAUCAGUAGUAUCAUCGGGCAGCAGGUUUCAGGGGCGGCGGCCAAGUCGAUUCGGGAUAAAUUCGUGGCGUUGUUUAAUCCAAAUGUGGAGGAUAUUACUCUGCGGACGAAGCGGUUCCCCACGCCGGAGGAGAUUGUCCAGUAUGAUAUCGCUACGCUGCGGACGGCGGGUCUUUCCCAGCGGAAAGCCGAGUAUAUUCAGGGAUUGGCGCAGAAGUUCGCUGCUGGGGAAUUGAGUUCUCGGAUGCUGUUGAAUGCUAGUGACCAGGAGCUUGUGGAGAAGUUGACUGCGGUCCGGGGAUUGGGGUUGUGGUCGGUUGAGAUGUUUGCUUGCUUUGCUUUGAAGCGCAUUGAUGUUUUUUCUACGGGUGAUUUGGGUGUACAGAGAGGCUGCGCAGCAUUCAUGGGCCGAGACAUCAACAAACUCAAGGCAAAGGGCGGCAACGGUAAGUUCAAGUAUAUGCCGGAAAAGGAGAUGCUGGAGCUAGCUGCCAAGUUCUCUCCAUAUAGAAGCCUUUUUAUGUGGUAUAUGUGGCGCGUGGAAGGCGUGGAUAUUGCCGUGUUGAAUGCUUGA